CCACUAGACCAAACACAUUCACUUUCUCUUUCUUCUUUAUGCUUACAUAGAUUUCCUCAUCUCCUUCUUCCGUCCACUCAACACUGUCGGUGGAAAUCCCAACAUCCCACGUUUUCGUUUUUAAUAAUUCACAUUUCCCCCUGUUUUCUUCUCCAGGAGUUUUAAGAUACUUAAAGAAAACCACACUACUCCACUCACCAUUAAAGGUAAACACACAUUGACCUUAUCAUUUUCUCAACAUAUUUCUUUUUGAGCAUCUUCAUUCUUCUUUUUCCGAUCUGUUGGCAUCAACAUCAUGCAUGUAACGAGUUUACAUUGCACUAGCUUGUUGUGUUGAAGUACAUUUUCCCAGAAAAUGGACCAAAAAAUCUGGCUAUGGAGGAAAAAAUCCACAGAGAAGAUCAUUCUUGGUACUGACAAACUAAACAUUUCCCAGAAAGGCAAUGAUGAGGAGAUGCAGAUUCUUGUUUCUGAUAAAAAGGAAUUAGAGAAUGAGCUGAAAAUCUUAAAUGAAAAGCUUGCCUCUGCUCUUUGUGACUGUAAUUACAAAGAUGAACUUGUGAAGGAACAUGAAAAUAUGGCACUGCAAGCUAUUGCAGGAAGGGAGAAGGCAGAAUCGGAGGCAACUUCUUUAAAGGAAAAACUGGAUGAAGCAUUGCAGCGGAGAGUUGCGAGUGAAGAAAGGGUAACACAUUUAGAUGCGGCCCUCAAAGAAUGCAUGCGGCAACUCCGGUUCGUUCGAGAAGAGCAGGAGCGAAGGAUUUGCGAUGCAGUGGUGAGCGUUUCGAAGGAGUUCGAGAAAUCGGGGAAGGGUUUAGAGGAGAAGUUGGCUGAGACUAGUAAAAGGGUUAAUAAAUUAGGUGUUGAGAAUACUAAUCUUAGUAAGGCUCUCUUGGCAAAGGAAAAAAUGAUUGAUGAUUUAAACAAGCAAAGGGCUCGGGUCGAGACCGAUUUCAAUGCACUAAUGGCGAGAUUACAAUCGAUGGAGAAGGAUAAUGCUGCUUUGAUAUACGAGGUUAGAGUGCUCGAGAAAGAAGUUGAGAUCAGGAAUGAAGAGAGAGAAUUCAAUCGUCGAACGGCGGAAGCAACGAGCAAGCAACGUUUAGAAAAUGUGAAGAAAAUUGCUAAGCUUGAAUCGGAAUGUCAACGGUUGCGUCUCUUAGUCCGGAAACGGUUGCCGGGUCCUGCCGCUUUGGCUAAGAUGAAAGAUGAAGCUGAAAUGUUGGGAAAGGACUCUGUUGAAAUGAGGAGGAGAAAAUUGAAUACUAGUCCUACCAGUCCGAGGCUUGACCCCAUAGUUGAUUAUUCGGACUGCCCGAGCAAGAAGAUUAACAUCCUAACUGAGCAGUUGCAUGCCAUGGAAGAAGAAAAUAAGGCUCUCAUGGAAGCCCUUAAUAGCAAAACAAGCGAACUUCAAUUGGCAAGAGCCAUGUAUGCACGCGCUGCUACCAAAUUCUCGGAUGUUGAGUUCCAGUUCGAAGAAUCCUCCAAAAGUCUGCCAAACGAUGAGUCAACCAGGAACAGUUCACUGUUGGCAUCAAUGUCGGAUGUUGGCAUAGAUGAUAAAGCUAGCAGUGCGGAAUCCGGGGCUUCAGCUCUGAUUUCUGAACUCGAGCAUUUAAGGAAUGGACAAUUAAAGAAGUCGUUGUCACACCAAACUGUUGUGUCUUCAGAAAUAAAUCUGAUGGAUGACUUUGCUGAAAUGGAAAAAUUAGCUUUAGUCUCUGUUGAUAAACUGUCUGGAAGUUCUCAUGUUUCUUUGGAUGAAGGUAAUGGGAAGCUCAGACCAUUACAAACUGAACCGAAUGGAAAGGAGAUAGUCCUUGUUCCUGACAGUCAGUGUGACCAUAGCAUGUUGAACAAUGAAAUGAAGCCCAAAAGUCAGUUGCUUAACAAAGUUCCCGGUAGGAUAGAGGACAUAACGAAAGUGAUCUUUGAGCAAAGCCGUGCAACUCAAAGAAACCCGGAUGAAAUACUUGAGGAUAUUCGAAAAGCUUUGGCCUGCAUGACCUCUCCGAACACUGCUGAAAGUUUUGACGAAAAAGAGGGUUCAGACCGUCCCGGUUCCUCUGAUCUGUCUUGUAUUAGUAGCUACGUGUCAUGGAAACCGUCGAACAGUUCUUUGAAAGUGGAUUCAUGUAACGAGGAUGCCGAUGUUAAUAUCUGCUCAGAAGAGAAUAGCAACCCACAGUUUCAUCCUGAUUCUUGUAAAUCAAUUUGCAAGAUAAUUGAGCUAAUUGAAGGAAUCAACUUACCGUCAACGGAUUAUAAUAUCCCUGAGACCAUGUCCGAGAAGAGUAGGGAUUCUUUCUCGUACAAGCACUCCGAAACAGCUUCAGGCUACAUAGUUCGAGUUUUCCAAUGGAAAACUUUGGAACUCGGUGCUGUUUUAGAGCAAUUUGUGCAAGCUUGUUAUGAUUUGUUGAAUGGAAAAACAGACCUCAACAAAUUUACCGAAGAAUUAACUUCAGUUCUGGACUGGAUCAUUAAUCAUUGCUUUUCCCUUCAAGAUGUUUCGAGCAUGAGAGAUGCAAUUAAAAGCCAUUUCGAUUGGGAUGAAUCGCAAAGUGAAAGUGAUUCAGAAGUUGGAAUUGUUGAUAAAUUUCACCUAACCACUCCUUACAACAAUGAGGACAAGAACUUCAUUCAAAAGAAAGAGCCUAUCUCGAGUAACUCUCUGUUAAAUCAACUCGAGGAAUCUGAAAAAACCAUUGAGACAUUGCAGGCGGAGUUGCAUACAUCAAGAAAAGCCGAGGAAAUGACCGAAAGGCAAGUUGAAAAACCGAAGUGGAGGACAAACGAAAUCUUCGAUAAACAGCAUACCUUGACCAAAUACAAACAAAAUGAAUGCCAUGAAGAGUUGGUGACCACAUGCCUUGACAGUGUGACGGAAAACGAAAUACCGAGCUCCGAAGUCGAGCAGGAUGGGAAUCAGAUUCGAACUAACUGUGAGAUUCGGGCUGCUUCCGAAAAGUUAGCCGAGUGCGAAGAGACUAUACUAAACUUGGGAAAGCAGUUAAAAGCUUUGGCAUCUCCAAAACAGGCAUCCCUGUUUGACAACGUUAUCACCACUCGAACCGAAAUUGUUUCUCCAACAACAUCAACUAUUCCAACUCCAACAUGGACAAAGUUGAAUAGCCGAAGAUCCUCUCUAUUAGAUCAGAUGAUAAGUGAGGAUAAAGCCAAAGGAAAAGGCAAUCCCGGUUCUGCAUUCGUCUCUAAUGGGACGACACCGAUAACGCCUACAGAAAAUACCCUCGUUUUAAAUCAAAACAAACACCAGGAAGACAAUAAAGCUGCAGCCAAAUCUUUAGCUAUUGUUCCUAAACAAAAACAAGGUGGAAGAUUAUGGAAGAAGCUUUUCCAAGGAAAGGGUUUUCGAUGUUGAGGAUUUCAAGUUUUUAACGAAUGAUCGCAUGAAUCAACUAAAUUACACGAAAGUGAAAAUGUAGAUCGAGUGAUGCUUAUACUACUUAAAAGCUAAAGGGCCGUUUAUUAUUUGUUUAAGUGAGAUUUAUUCUGGGUUGAUCAUGCACGUAAGUGUUUCAUUAAUGGUAUAUUCUUUACUUUUCA